ACCACAGAUCCCACCCAUAGUUCAUGAUGUCGCUGUGGCAGGGUCGGUUGAAGCGGAUGGGGUCAGAAGCGGGCUACAUGUUGACAGCUGGAGCAUAAGGAAACAUCGCAGUCAAGCUGGCAGAAGCGUUUAUAUUCAGCGCAAGUCAUGUUUGCGAAAGGUAAAGGGACCGCGGUGCCAUCGGAUGGGCAAGCUCGGGAAAAGUUGGCAUUGUAUGUCUAUGAAUAUUUGUUACACGUGGGAGCUCAGAAAUCUGCACAGACGUUUUUAUCAGAGAUAAGAUGGGAGAAGAACAUAACCCUUGGUGAACCACCAGGCUUUCUGCACUCUUGGUGGUGUGUGUUUUGGGACCUGUACUGUGCAGCACCUGAGAGAAGGGAGACAUGUGAUCACUCCAGUGAAGCUAAGGCCUUCCAUGACUACAGUGCUGCUGCGGCACCCAGUCCAGUCCUAGGCAACAUGCCUCCAGGUGACAGCAUGCCCCCCGGAUUCUUCCAGGGACCACCUGGUUCCCAACCCUCCCCUCACACUCAGCUACCUCCCAACUCUAACAUGAUGGGGGUGCAUGGACAGCCUUUUAUGUCGCCUCGCUAUGCUGGAGGACCUCGGCCACUCAUCAGAAUGGGUAUCCCGCCUCCAGGUGGGCAGCCUUUACCUCCGAAUAUGAUGGACCCUACACGACCAACAGGCCACCCAAAUCUGGCACCAAUGCAGAGAAUGAAUGCUCCUCGAGGAAUGGGCCCGAUGGGACCGGGACCACAGUCUGAUCCUUGGUUAUCAUUACAGAGUUAUGGAGGAGGAAUGAGGCCUCCAAACUCCAUGGGCCCUGGAAUGCCAGGGGUGAACAUGGGAGCAGGAGCAGGCAGACCAUGGCCUAAUCCUAAUAACGGAAAUGCGAUACCAUAUUCCUCAUCAUCCCCAGGGACAUAUGUGGGUCCUCCAGGAGGAGCAGGAGGUGGUGGAUGUCCUCCGGGAACACCCAUCAUGCCAAGUCCAGCAGACUCCACUAACUCGGGUGAAAACCUCUACACAUUGAUAAACUCAGUACCACCAGGAGGAAACCGAUCUAAUUUUCCUAUGGGUCCUGGGUCAGAUGGCUCAAUGGGAGGUUUGGAACCACAUCACAUGAAUGGCUCACUGGGUUCGGGUGACAUAGAUGGACUCCCAAAGAACUCUCCUACUAAUGUAAGCAGCAUGAGUAACCCGCCAGGAACGCCACGAGAUGACAGUGAUCUAGGUGGAAGUUUCCUACACUCUUUCCAAAAUGAAAACUACUCACCGACAAUGACAAUGAGCAUGUGAAGGAUGAGCUCCGGUACCAAGACAGCAAGGACCAACCUCACCAAGAACCAGAGUGAGUCUAACCUCACACAUCUAUAGGAACCAAAUCCUACCGCAGCUCUGGAUGAGGUGGAUGCUUCUCAUUUCAGCACGGAUAGUGGAAGGACCUGUCUGAGAUGAGAGCGCCAUCAUUUUAAACUACUCUAAUAUUUUCAAAUAACUUUAAAAAGAAGCCCACAUACAUCAAGACAACAUAAAUUUGCUUCAUUUUUUUAAGUGGAUCUCAAAAUUUCAGGACCAUGACAACAUUUACACUGUCCUUCUUGUAUUUCUUCAGCGAGGAUGUGUAGCAUGUGUGUAACAUUCCAUUAGAGUAUUUUAGGAUCUAAUCUCUGAUAUUUUAAAAAGCCUCAAAACAGGUUUAUCACUCUAUAAUGGCUUUCUUGAUAAUUGCUUAAUCCCAAGGAACACCGUUGGCUACAGUGGAUUUGAUACGCUCCAAUGCGAAUGACAAAAACAAAGUAACUACUACUCCUGUUCAAUGUUAUGAUAUUUUAUAACAAUAGAUUUUACUGCUGAAGCCUUUUAUUGAGCAUAUUGUGGGACAUUUUUCCAGUUUUCCAUGGCACACUCAGAAGAUGACUUGAAAUUAAGUGUUUUUGGGUGGGAGUUUGGUCAAACACUGCAUCUUUUCUCACUGGCUCCCUUUUCAUUUUCCUUUGUGCUGUUGUAUGGUGUUUUGACCCAUUGAUGUUUGCCUUUAGUCGAAAUUAAAAACGUGCCGAAAACACCAAAAAGACUUAGCCAAGAAAGCAUGCCCUCUCACAUUAAACUGCUUUUAUUUCUUUUCUUUUCUUUUUUGAGAUGUGUAAAUAUUUGUAUUAACAUAAAUUCAACAUCUGAGUCGAACUGAACACGUUUCAUAGACAUGGUGAACAGAAAUGGAAUACUGAGUCCCUGAAUAAAGGUGGUGUCUAUAUUCAAAAGUAAAAAUUAUUGUGUGACCACCACACUAAGGUGUUUACAAGUUCCUGAGUUUCUGUGGGGGGAUGUGGUUAGCCACUGUGAGGAUGAUUAGCUGUCCUUCCUAUCUCCCAGUUAAGUGACCAAGCUUAAAAAACAUUGUUUAAACACUUUUUUUUGCUGAGUUUAUAUAUUUUUAAGAACUUUCUCUUCCCUACUUUGUCUUAAUAUUGUGGCGCCUUACUUGACCUGUUACAUCAUGUUUUUAGCCUUAACUGUAUGUAUUAUGUUCCUUGGAAUACACAGUGAAAUGACUUGUGUAAUUUUUAUGAUUAAAUUAUUUUUUUGUUCAUAC